AGAGAGAGACACACACACACACACACACACACGCACAGGCUGAGAGAGGAGUUUCGUAACUCGGGGAAGUUUUUCUGUAUCCAUCGAUCACUGGACGAUCACUGUCUCGUUGUUUUUCUCAUGUCAGUGACACAGCGGAGCGUCGCCUGCGUCACCUCUUCAGCCCGGUCGCCUCACUGAGUUUGUCUUACUUUUUCUUUUUUUGCCGUUCAGUAAGGCAGCUGUGAAACUAUCGUCUCUCCUCAAGGAAUAGACUGAGCACUUCAUCUGAGAAGAGCCUGGCCCGAGCAGCCAUGCUGAUGUAUGAUUAUCCUCUGAAGACAGACAUGGAGACGUCCUUCUACUCAUCGUUAGUGAAAACCCCGGAGCAGUACGGAGUCAUCUUCUCCCAUCCCGCCCACCUCUACCACCCCUCGCACAUGCACGCCUUCGCCCAGUCCCAGCCACACACCCAGAUGGAGCCUGUGGACCUGUCAGUCAGCAAGCGUUCCUCUUCCUCCUCCUCCGCCUCCUCCUCCCCUCCCUGCUCCUCCGCCUCCUCCCCGGCCUCCUCCUCACGCAGCUCCCCGCCUUCCCCCUACUGCUCCGCGAGCCGUGCCUCCCCCCACCGCUCCCCCCAACACUCCCAGCUGCGCUCCUCGCCAUCCCACAGUCUCCCUAAUCCCUCACUUCCGUAUCCCACCAUGGUGGCUCCUCUGAUUGGCUCUGGAUCCGGGGUCAUCCAGAGGUCCGGGGUCAUGGUGUCUCCAGUGAUGGUGCCUCUGUCCGUCCUAUACUCCUCACCCCUCCACCUGCACCAAUCCAUCAUGGUGAGCCCACAGGUCGCCAGCGAGGAGGAGCAUCACCGAAGCAGAGAGCACAAGUCAGUUCACUGUGCGAAGCCCCUGGAGCUGCGAGGUGACACCCACGACCUGCACAAGCCAAUCAAAACAGAGCCUCGCCCUGAGCUAGCUCAUGACCUCCACAGCAGCCAUGAGAUGAAAUCAUCAGUCAUAAGGAUAUCACACGAAUACGGGGGUAACAAUCCGUCGGUAAUAGUUCACUCAGGCUCACAGCAUCCUCUCCCCCCGGACUCCCCCGACACGCUGAAGAAGCGGCGGAUUCAUCGCUGUGACUUCUCCGGCUGCAACAAAGUGUACACCAAGAGCUCCCACCUCAAAGCCCACCGCAGGACACACACCGGUGAGAAACCGUACAAGUGCAUGUGGGAAGGAUGCACGUGGAAGUUUGCACGUUCAGACGAGUUGACGAGACACUUCCGCAAGCACACAGGAGUCAAACCGUUCCAGUGCCCCGACUGCGAACGCAGCUUCUCCCGGUCAGACCACCUCGCGCUGCACAAGAAACGUCACCUCCUGGUGUGAGGCACCUCCACCGGGAAGCUCGAAAGAAACUCGGUGCUCGGUUUCAGCGUAGGACUGUACCACUUUGACUUGAGGGGAGAUUUUAAAAGAGCUGGCUUCACACAUUGGACGGUAGUCCUCAGGGUGCACGUUUAAGACCCUUUUCACCUCGUUAGCCUGAGUGUGAGCUGGCGUCAGUUUAUCAAAGCAUCACACCAAAUGUCAGUUUCUCAGCUCAUUUUCAUGUUAGUAGAAAUGAGGUCGUUGAACCGGAACUCUGAUCAGCUGAGGAAGAUUCAGAAACUUUAAAAAAAAAAAAAAAAGAGGCUGCAGAAUCUCAGCUGGCCUGAGAGCAGCCCCAUCUUGUGGCUGCAGAACCAAACUGCAUGUACACCUGCACAGGGCAUGCCCAAGCUUCUUUUUUAAAUAUAUUUUUUAUUUUUUUGCAACAUCACCUCUCGUUUCUCUGCACGCUUUGCAAGUAAAGGUUGUGGACAUACCGUAAACACACAUACAUGUUAUUGCUAGCUAGGCCAAUAUACUGUGAAACUUUUCCAGAAUGUAUCAUAUCACACAUACUGUGCAUCAUAUCGUACAUACUUAAGCUGUCUUUCAUCAGCUGCCAGUCACAUAACGCUAAUGCUAACCCCUCCACCACACACCCCAUCUGCCUCUACAAGCUUUUUUUUUUUUUUUUUCAUGAAGAUACAUUUUAAACAGGUAGCCAGUGCUCGCUUUCUCUUGUACAUAAACGCACACUUUUAAAGGCACACUCAGCAGAAAACAUGCACUUAAGAAAAGCAGGUCAGCCUCAGUCUGGUGUGCUUUGAUUGGUAUUUGAGGGUUCAAAAAUGUGGGGGGGGGGGGGGGGGGGGGGGAUCCUCUGGGUCAUUGUAUUGUCAGAGUGAAGUGUUUAUUUUGUGUUUCAUUCAGAAAUGUGAAGGUUGCUGCACAAGGGCAUUAUUAUUUUAGAGAGGAAAAGACACCACUCGGUAGGUGGAAGGGUAGAAGCAAUGAAAUAUCUAAUGUCUUAUAUCAAGUUAAUGUACCUAUAUGAGUUAUUGUUUGGUUUGUGUUGUGACACCGUGGUUGCCUUUUCUUUUUAUUGUAUGACACUUUUAUAUAGGAAAAAAACAGAGAAAUACGCUCUUUGAUUUUUUGUUUAUCCAGGGCAAGAUUAGUUUUAUUUUAACGAUAUACAAUUUGACAUAAAGACACAUUUAAAUCAACCGUUUCUUCAUCAAAGGUCAUGAGAAAUGAACCAACUUUUACUCUUUUUUUUUUUUUUUUUUUUGUAAACCAACGCAAAUUCAGAGCAUACUUUUCUGUUUUCAUAGCUUCUGGAGAACAAAAAGGUUUUGUUUAUAGCGUCUUUGUACAUGCCUACAAUGUGCACUUUAUACAUAAAACAUUCCCAAAGACAUUUAAAUCACAAGAGAUUUAUUCACAGAUCUGCUGGUCAGUUUGAUCCCCCCCCCCCCCCCCCCCCCCUGAAAAAAAGAAACCUAACACAGGUUUUGGUUUUUAGUUUAGUAACGAUUCAAUGCCAGGAAAGAGAUCUUUUAUUCACAUGUAAACACACCCACAUGCACACAAACACGAUUUCAAACACAAGCUCAAACACCGAAUGUAGCAGCUCAACUGAUCUGCAUUUAGCCCUGGAUAAUCUUUACGGUUUGCUUGUAAAUGUUUUUGUAUCUCUGAAACAUAAGUGGUAAUAUAUAUAUAUAUAUAUAUAUAUUUUAUAAUUGAUUUUUAGAUUGAAAGGGCAAUUAAAGGUUAUUAUUAAGCAUGAUUUUGAUACUCUUAUAAUAAAGGAUAUUAUACAUUUCUAUUAUUUUUUUUUAAUCUAAUGUUGGCAAUUCAAAGGGAACAUGUUAAACUGUGAACAUAUAUCUGUACAGGUCUGUCAGCAAUUUUGCAUUUAUUUGAAAACAGAAUAUUCAUACCACUUAAUAAACUUAUUGAUAAUAUUUGCAGAA